AGAGUCCACCGCGCUCUGUGGGUACUUUUUGAACAGGUCCGACGUCAGACUGAGUAAACGGAACACGAGCAGGCGCUGGAGAGACAGGGUGGGACUAAAAGCCUGAACUGGACAACAGGCCUAACCCUUGUAUGUACACUUGUACGCUCACAAAGAUAGACGUUGGCGUAGUUAUUUAUCUUAAGACUUGAAAACAUCUUCAGGUAGCGUGACGUGCCUUCUCAAACGUUGUUUUUAAUUUAUUUUUUAACGUCUUCGUGAAUACAGCUUGGCUCCAUACAAAAGAUGAAUUCACUGGGCAGCUCUUCCAAAUGGCCAUCUUAUGACUCGCUACCCUCCAACUCGAGCUUUCUCCUCAGCGAGAGCGAGCAGACCGAGGAUGAAGCAGAUGUCUUCUCAGAGGGAGAAGGGGACAGCGGAAUAAGAAAGUCCAUGCCAGAUGGGGAAAGAAUCACACUUUCUGGAAAUUACCUUGAAUUGCCAGCUCAUUCAAAUCAGCCAGACUUGAGGACUAAGAGCAACCAGCCUGAACACUGCCCUGAUGAAACCAAGCGUCCUGGCUUGGCCUCUUCUGGAGCUGCCACAUUGGGCUCAUCUUCAGCAACACCAGCGGACUUGGCUUUCGCUCAGAAAUGUGCAGAUUUGCACAGGUUCAUCCAUCCAUUGCUUGAACUCUUGCAUGGACUAAAGACUGGGCGAUUUGACAAAGGUUUAUCCAGUUUCCAGCAAAGUGUUGCCAUAGAUAGAUUGCAGAGGAUUCUUGGAAUACUUCAAAGGCCUGAAAUGGGUGCAAAAUACCUCCAAAAUCUGUUGCAGAUAGAGAUGAUGCUCAAAAUUUGGUUUCCUCGGGUGGCAUUUCAGUCCACAGAUCAGACACCAAGCCAGACCGUCACUCCCAGACUCCCACCACACUGGCACCAGAAUCAGCUCCACAUGCCAGUUAAGAAGAGAAAACUGAGCUGGUCCGACCCUGACUACUCUGGCAAAGAUUUAGCUAAGCAUAAGCAACAUCAACAUGAAAAACAUGUGAGCACCCAGCCUGCGACUUCACUUGACUCACUUGUUUCCACGCAUGUACCUGGAUCACCUAAAAAACAGAAAACCGAAGCGGAAGAGAGAGUCGAACCAGCUGGGGUCAGCUGCACAGCUGGACAUGAGUUUACAGACAGCAGUGGCACUUUAAACAGGCCAUCAUAUUUAUGUGGCAGGAGAGAAAAUGAGAGACGGAAGUACCGUGUGAUUUUUUUGUCCUCCCCUUGUGGCAGCCCAGCUGCACAAGACAGCUCAGUGUCCUCAAGCAACACCAUUACUACAACUGACUCACCUUAGCUGGCCUUAGCUGACCUUGCUACCACAUGGAGGCGCCACAUCGUGUCAGCCAGAGUGAAAGCAGAGGGCGGACUUGAUUACAUAAUCAUAAAGUUAGGUGCAGAGCCUGUCUGUGAUGGCUGCGAAGCAUGUAAAACCAGAAGAGGAGGAGGAGGGGGAGGAGGAGAAAUGCAGAGAGACAUUCAUUAACUCCUAUCUAUCCAGUGUGCUUUCGGAUUAUACCAGAGUUAUUGCACUAUAUUACCAGGAUUUGAAUAUUAUUUGUAUGUGAAAGUAUCACUUUUGUAUAAAUUUAAAAGAUGUUGGAAAUACUUUACAUGUGUAACGUGUUUAAGUAGUCUGUGCUGUUUUUGUUAUUUUUCAUGUAAUGGAAUAACAGUAACAGUUUAGGGUUUCAUGCCAUUGAUUGAAAGACCAGAUAUGACUUUUAUAAAAAUGAUGAAACAAAGAGGAUCCGUUUACAGCGCAUAAAAUAAUUUUUUUAAAAGCAAAAAUACCCCAAAUGUGCUCAUCCAGUCUCUUACACAUCACAGCUUUUCUUUGUCACAUAUGAUUAGAGUAAACUCCAGAACUUUAUGAGGCAUUUUUCACAGUUUUUGUACAUUUAUAGACCCAACGAAUGAUGAAUCAAGAAAAUAAUUGGCAGCUAAAUUUGUAGUUAAAAAAAAGGUUACAGCCUUGGCACAGUUACAAAAAAUAUUUCAAUCAUGAACACAGAUGAUUAAAAAUGUGAUGUAGUAAGCUUAAAAUAGUAUUUUUCCAGCUGAUUGUAACACAGUGUCUGCCACAAUGUGCCAAACAAAACCGUUUUGCAUUAUCAUAUAGUUCUCCUACUUUACAGUCACUUUAUUUAUGAAAAACAAAAUCUUUGUUUCUAUUUAAAUGACAAUAAAUGCAAUUGCACGUAUGGUAAAAGAGCAAAAAUGCUGCAUAGGAAGUACCACAACAAAGUUUAAAGUGACUUUUUUCCCCCUAUUAUGUAAAUGAUGUGUAUAAAUUAUGGAACAGGCUCGAUACAUUUGAUCUGGUGUACAUUGGAAUAGAUGUGACUGCACUUUGGAUGACAAUAAGGAAAUGUUAUUAACAUCAAAGAGUUGUGAUAUUAUUUAUUAAAGAUCUGCUAAGAGAAUCUGUACUUGAAACCUGCAGAGAGAGAUGUGGAGCCAACAUGACCUGGUCAUGUGGUGCUGUGGAUGGAAGUAGUUGUUGAAAGUGUUUUUUAAAAUUAUUUUUCACACAAAACGCCCCAAAUGUAAUGUGUCAUGAUGAGGGGGAAGAACAGCUCCUGUGUCCCAUUUAAAAUGGAUUUGUGUCACUGAUUUGCUGUUAUAAAAUUUCUAUUGCAAUAGUACAAAAUUGUAAGUGCUUUACUCUUGAUUAUGUAAUAAGGAAUAUCAUGGAGAUAUGAAGAAGAAAACUAUUUCCAUUCCUGAACACAUCAAUUAUUUUUGAUGGCAUUUUGUACCACCGUAUUUAAAAUCAGAUAUCAUUCAUGUUGAAUGGUGUUUCAUCUCUGGUGGUUUGCCACCUUAUCAGCCUUACUUAUACAAUAGACAUAAAGGUGACCGUAAACUUGCCUGAAAUUACAUCAUUGAUCAUUAUUACCAAACAAUGGUAAAAUCAUCUUCUCACCACAUUGCAAAGUAAAUGUGCUGCUGUGUUAGAUGCUCCUCAGGCUUCGACGUUAGUCAUUUUCACUGACCCUGAGUUAUGUUAUUUAAAAUGGAAAAUGUAAGCACAACAGUGUGUGAACAAUUGUGUAGUGUGGUGUUGUUUUGGUACAUGAAAUGUAGCAUCCUACUGUUCAGGUUUUGCUGUGCUGGGUUACAUCUUUCAUUUGUGAAACAGGAAAAAACUGAAAGUAGAGUAAAAGUUUGAUUUCCCA